GGCGGCCGCCGGGGAGCGGGGGCAGCACGUUGGGAUGCGCGCUACUUAAGGUCCAGCUGCGUGAGCCAUUGACGUGUUUGGAGCUGGAGACGGCCUGGGCGCUGGCGAAGCGGUCGCCCGAGAGAGAGACACAGCGAGAGAGGAAACACAAGCUGGGGGAGUGGGAGAGGGAGAAGCAGGCUCCCGUGGAACAGGAAGCCCGACGUGGGGCUCAAUCCCAGGACCCUGAGACCAUGAUCUGAGCCGAAGGCAGACACUUAACCGGCUGAGCCACCCAGGCACCCCGACAAAAUUAAUUUUUCAAUAAGAAAACUGUUAGGAUGCCCAUGGUAGCACGAAGGCUGAGAGAUCCUGACAUAAACCCUUGCUUGUUGGAAUCUGAUGCUUCUACCAGGUGUAUGGAUGAAAAUAACUACGACAGGGAACGGUGUUCCACUUACUUCUUGAAGUACAAAAACUGCCGGAAAUUCUGGAAUUCUAUCGUGGUCCAGAGAAGACAGAAUGGAGUGAAGCCCUCUAUGCCUACAGCAGCAGAAAGAGACGAGAUCCUGGGGGCAAUGGGAAAAAUGCCUUACUGACUGUUUGCAUUAAAGUUGUUUAUUUAAUUUAGAAGCAGUUAAUGAAGAUUACUGUAAUCUUGUAGUCCCUUAACCGCUUUCAGGCCUUACCCAGACCGAUCUUGAAUUCCACAAGGGGCGAUUAAGUUAGCCUUGCAUCCUGUGUGUUUGCUCUCAGUGCCAGGGUGGUAGUCUGCCAGUCCUGGCCGUGCCAUGCUGCUGUGCUCACACGACUUCCCAAAGGUAAGGGGGCAUUAGGAAAGGUGAUAGGAGGAAUGGGACUUUUCAUCUGGCGGUGGAAGGAAGGGGGUAUUUCCAAGGAUGGGAGGUGAUGCGAGCAACAGUAUGAUGGGGAGAAACCUCAAGCUAACUUUGGAGAAGUGGUCUGUAGAGUGUUCCACCUGGAGUUUAAGGUGGUUGGUGGAGUGGCAGAACAGAGACUUGGGAAGGUAAGUUCCGGGUGAAUGUGUGGUGGGCCUCGAGUCUCAGGCUCAGUCUAAAGUAAGACCUCCGUCCUCACUUCAUUCCUUUUAUCUUUGCUUAAAUAAGGGUAGUACGUUGACUGGGCAGGGGUGCAGGAGGGUCGUCUUAAAUAAAUGGCCUGCAAAAGAACUGUUCUUUUCUUUCUUCCUUUCUUUCUUUAGGGAAAGGCCUUAGUUAAAGGAUUCUGUGACUAAAAUCCAUAUAUAAAGGCAUAGUAUUCUUUUUUUAAGCACAGUAAUGGGAAAAAAGGGUGAUUCUCUUAAAAGGGGGCAUUUCUGUUCGCAGGAAGAGAUGGGCAAGGAAGGGUAUGGAGGUUCACAGGUGAAUGCACUGGAUGGGACUAGAGCUCCACUUUAUUUUAUGCUAUAAACACAAGAAUAUUCAGUAUGCUGAUUGGGGUGGGUUGUGUGGCAGCUCCCAUACCCACCACCUUUUAAAAAUCCAGUUUAUUUCAUUUACAGAACAGUUUUAGAACCUACUAUUUAAUAAAAUUUAUACUAAAAAAUCAAUGAAAACAAAUAGCUUUUGUCCCUUUUCUAUCUGGUGCUGGAUCAAGAGUAUUAUUUUAAAGGCUGCUGACAACAAACUAUCCAUCUCAUUGGUCUUAGUCCAAAACCCAGGUCAGAUGUUUUUAAACCAUAUGACCCUGAUUGUUAAAUGUGAUUCUAUUGGAAUAAAAGAUGGAUUGUUUGAGAAAUUCCUUGAUUUGUAUUGAUUGCUCUAAAAAUGAUGGAUUAAAAUAGGACCUGACAAGAAACUAAUACUUACUUGUGUGACAAGCAUUUCAGUAUUUUAAGCAUGCUGUUGAAGGGUUUGGAAUUUCACUAUCACCUCCUUAAAUGUACCUACCAGUGUCAACAUUUUUUCCGGGAGCUAUUUGUCUUGGCCUAGCUCUUUUUAAAAAAAAAUAACUUUAUUGAGAUACAAUUCAGAUACCAUAUAAAUCAUCCAUUUAACGUGUACAAUACAAUGGUUUUUAGUAUAUUGACAAACUUGUGCAGCCAUCACCACAAUUGAUUUUAGAACUCUUCACUCCAGAAACCAUAAGCACACAUUCAUUUCCUUUUAACACCUCCCUUUCUCCUCAACCUCUCCAACAUUUAGGCAACUAUUUUCUGACUCUAGAAUGGCCUAUUCCGGUCAUUUAUAUGGAUGGAAUCAUACAAUAUGUGGUCUUUUGUGACUGGCUUCUUUCGCUUGACCUAAUGUUUUCAAGAUUCAUUCACGUUACGUGUAUCAGUCCUUCAUUCCUUUUGUUGCUGAAUGACAUUCCAUUACAUGGAUCUACCACAUUUUAUGUAUCCACUCAUCAGUUGAUGGGCAUUUGGGUUGUUUCCACUUAGGGGCUAUUACCGGUUAUGCUGUUUCUUGAACAUUUGUGUACAAGUUUUUGUGUGGUCAUUCAUUUCUUUUUGAAUAUAUCCGUAGGAGUUGAAUUGCUAGAUCAUAUGGUAACUAUGUUCAACCUUUGGGAGAACUGACAAACUACUUUCCAAAGUAGCAGCACUAUUUUACCAUGUAUGAGAGUUCCAAUUUCUCCACAUUCUCAACACUUAUUAUCUGCCUUUGAUUACAGUCAUCCUAGUGAGUAUGAGCUGGUAUCUCAAUGUGGUUUGAUUUGCAUUUCCAUGAAGGCUAGUGAUGUUGAGCAUCUUUUUAUGUGCUUAUUGGCCAGUCAUCUCUUCCUUGGAGAAAUGUUCAUUUAGAUCCUUUGUCUGUUUUUAAGUUGGGUAGUGUAUCUUUAUUAUUGAAUUGUGAGAGUUCGUUAUAUAUAUUAAAUAUAAAUAAAUAAAUUUAUCAGAUAGAGGUUUAUGAAUGUUUUCUUCCCUUCUGUGGGUUGUAUUUUCACUUAAUGGUGUCCUUUGAACACAAAUUUUUUAAUUUUGAUGAAGUCCAAUUUUUUCUUUUGUUGCUUUCAGUGACAUCUAAGAAAGUAUUGCCUAAUUCAAGGUCAAAAAGACUUAUAUCUAUGUUUCUUCUAAGAGUUUUGUAGUUUUAGCUCUUAUAUUUAGGUCUUUGAUCCAUUUUGAGUUCAUUUUUGUAUGUGGUAUGAGGUAGGAAUCCAACAUCUUUUUUUUUUUUUUUUUUGCAUGUAGCUGUGCAGGUCCCAGCACCUUUGGUUGAAAAGGCUAUGCUUUUCUCCUGUUGAAUAGUUUGAACUGUCUUGGCAUUCCUACUGCAAAUUGAUUGUAUCUGAGGGGUGGCUUUUAAAAUUGAACCCAUUGAAAAACAUGCUCAAACCACAAGAAAGGGUACGCAAUGUUCAAAAGUCCAAAUAAUGCAAAAGGGUCUACAGUGUAAAUAAAUACGCCCAGAAGCAGCCCAUGUCAAAAAGUUUUCAAGGUUCUUGUGCAUAUAAAGGAUAUCUGUAUAUUUGUUUUCCACAAAAGGAACAGCAUAGUGUAUAAGCUGGAGGCACUUAGCUUUUUUCACUUAGUGAUAUAAUUGGGAAUAAUUCUCCACCAGUGAUUAUAGAUUUUCUCCAUUUCUUUCAACGGCUGCAGUUUUCCCUUGUAUAGUUAUACUGUCAUUGAACCAGCCUUCCACUGAUGGGUUCGCUGUUAGAGACAAGGUUGCAACAAGCAUUAUUGUGUAUGGCUCUUUGCCUGUUCUGUUUUCAUCUCUAUAAUACAUUGCUAAGAAUAGAAUUUCUAAGUUAAAGGCUCCUGCAUUUUAAAUAUUGUAAGUAUUAGGGACAUACCAGUUUCUACUUUAAUGAACAAAGCCUGUGAGUGUUUCUUUCCUCACAGCCUCAGUCCCACUGGUACUUAAAUUUUUUUUUUUAAUAUGUAUGUAUGUAUGUAUGUAUGUAUUUGAGAGAGAGAGGCAGGGAGGGGCAGAGGGAGAGGGGGAGAGACUUAAGCAGACUCCACGCUGGCGGAGUGUGGAGCCCAGCACGGGGCUGGAUCUCAAGACCCUCAGCCCAAACCAAGAGUCUGACAGUUAACGGACUGUGCCACCCAUGUGCCCCCCAACUGGGUACUUUAAAACCCUUUCAUCCUUACAAUUGUUGAAUGAAAAAUGGAAUGGGUGUACUUAUUUCCUUUGCCCAUUUUUUUUUUUUUUAGAUUGUUGAUGUGAAUGAUUUGGGGAACUCUUGAUAUUAUAAGGAAACUACCUCUUUGUCAUUUGUAUUCUGUAUGUUUUGUCUCUUAAAAUUUCUGUGCAGUGAUUUACAUUUUAAUGUAAUUAAAUGGACCGAUCUUUUUGUUUAUGGUUUCUGGUGCUCAAUAAAUACUAAAUGAAUCCAA